GCGGAAGCAUGAGCAGCACCCCCGAUGGCGCCGACGUCGAGAUGGACACUUCCAUGGCGGAAGAACGCACUGAACCCAUCACUCCGUCGAAUUAUGAUGCAGAAGGCGAAGACGUUGAUAUGGAGAGCCACGGAACAGAGCUUCCUCCUCCAUCCACACCGCCGAGUCGAGCUCAGCCCACCACAGUCGCCGAGGAAUCCGUGGAUGUCCCAUCGACCCCAGCGCCAACGACACCAGUAAGUCGAACGAGCUUGGCCACUCCGUUUGGUGUGUCAGCAUCCGUGGUGUCGACUCCACAACAACCAUCACAACCAAAAAAGGACACUCCUCGCCUCAUGAUCAGUAAAUUGGCGGUCGAGAACUUUAAAUCAUAUGCGGGGGUGCGCGAAAUCGGUCCCUUCCACAAGUGUUUCAGUUCAGUCGUGGGUCCCAACGGCAGUGGCAAGAGCAACGUCAUCGAUGCCCUGCUGUUCGUGUUUGGGAAACGCGCCAAGAAGCUGCGCCUGUCCAAGGUGUCGGAGCUGAUCCACAAAAGCACCAACUUUCAAAACUUAAAGGAAGCGCGGGUGUCCGUGUACUUCCAGGACAUCGUCGACACGGGCGAUGGGGACGAGGACUACUCGGUCGUGCCGGGGUCGCAACUGGUCGUCACGCGCACCGCGAACAGCACGAACCAAAGCAAGUACUUUCUCGACGGGCAACCGUCCACGUUCACCGAAGUCACGACACUGCUGCGGCAGCGCGGCAUCGACCUUGAUAACAACCGGUUCCUGAUCUUGCAGGGCGAAGUGGAGCAGAUCGCGAUGAUGAAAAGCAAGGCCGACAACCCCCACGACGAAGGACUACUCGAGUACUUGGAAGACAUCAUCGGGUCCAACAAGUACGUGGAGCCGACCGAGGAAGCGCUCAAGCAGGUCGAAUCGCUCAACGAAGCGCGCGUGGACAAGCUGAACCGCGUCAAAGUGGUCGAGAAGGAGAAGGGCAACCUGGAAGACGCCAAGGCCGAGGCGCAAGAGUACCUCGAGAAAGAGCGCGACGUGUACGUCAAGACGAACGUCAUGUUUCAGUGCUUUGUGCACGAAUCCACGUCCAACCGGGCCGAGUGCCAGACCAAGCGCGACGGCAUGCAGGCCAAGGUGGACGCGGAGAUGGCGCGCAUGGCGGAGCACCGCAAGGCGCUUGAGGUUAUGCAGGGCGAGUACGACGACGUGCAUGCUGCGUACGCGACCGUCAAGGCCGACAUGGAGACGGUGGAAGCCGAGUUUGCCGAGUUUGAAAAGCGAGACGUCCAAGUGCGCGAAGAGAUCAAGUUUGCAAAGAAGAAAGUGAAGGACCACGACGCCGUGUAUGCCAAGGAGCAAAAGAAACAGGCCGACUUGGAGUCGACGAUUGCCGACAACGAAGCCAAGCAGCCCGGCCUCGAGGAGAGUCUUGAGCACGACAAGACCGAUUUGCAUACGGCGGAACAGUCUCUCGAAGACAUGAUUGAGAGCCACAAGGAAGAGUCGGCACGGCUGCGCGUGAUCAUGGAGGAAAAGCAGAGCGCGAUGCUCCCGUUUUCGCAGGAAGUGCUCACGCUGCGGGCGAGCAUUGGUACGUUGGAGACGGAGAUGGCGCUGCUGCGCGAGUCCACAACGCAGGCCAAGGAGGACUUGACCCAGUCCAAGGCAGCGAUCAAGGCGGCAGAGAAAUCGGUCGUGGACGUCCAAGCCCAAGCGACGGCGAUGGAAGCUGAAGUGCACACGAUGCAAACGCGACUGAAAGCGGCCAAGGCGGAGCUGGUAGAAGCCCAGACGCAGGAAGCGGCCGUGAACAAAGACUACCAGGUCGCCAAGGCCAAAGCGGACGACGCCACGCACUCGAUCCAGUCCCACGCGACGCAAAAUCGCAUGCUCAAGAGCCUCAUGAACGCCGCACGCCCCGGUUUUGAGCUCGAACACGCCGGACUAGUCGGCCGACUCGGCGACCUCGGCGCGAUCGACGCCAAGUACGACGUGGCUAUAUCCACUGCAUGUGGAUCGCUGGACAACCUGGUCGUGGAGACCACCCACGGCGCCCAGCAGUGCGUGGCAUUCCUCCGGCAGCACAACCUCGGCCGCGCGACGUUUAUCAUUCUCGAAAAGAUGGGGUACCUCCACAACAAGUGCACGGACACGAGGUUCCACGCGCCCGUGCCGCGUCUGUUUGACCUAGUCCGCGUCUCGGACCAGAGGUUCCGCCCGGCGUUUUACUUUGCGCUGCGGGACACGCUCGUGGCCAAGCACUUGGAUGAAGCCACGAGCAUUGCAUACCAGGGCCGCAGCGCCAAGUACCGCGUGGUGACGCUGGACGGACAGAUGAUUGAGCUCAGCGGCGCCAUGUCUGGAGGCGGCAACCGCGUCCGGCGAGGGGGCAUGUCGAGUCAAUUGCAGAGCAAUAUCUCAUCCGACGACCUCGCCGCGUUGCAGAAAGAAGCUGAAACGCUCAAGUCGACUUUGUACAACAUUCGCAGUGCGCGGUCCACGAUUGAACAAGAAGUGCGCCGAUUGGAGGACACGAUCGACGGCCAUACGCGACGCCUGCCCAAGAUGGCCAUGGAGAUCGAAGCCGCAAGUUCGCGCGCGUCGAGUUUGGCGGCGCGGGUCAAGCUGUUGGAAAAGAAGGUGCACUUGACCCCGGACGAAGUGAAGAGAGCCAAGGCACUGGAAAAGCAGAUCAAGACGCUGGACGCCGACCGCGCCGAGAAGCAGGCUGUGGUCGACUCGAUGCAAGCCGAAGUCGACGAGUUCAAGCACAAGAUUCUCAACAUCGGCGGCGUGCCGCUCAAGAAACAGCGGCAGAAAGUGGACGACCUGACCAAGAGCAUUGACAGCCAGACGAAAGCGCUCACCAAGCUCCGCGUGGACGUGAAAGCCGCCAAGAAAGCUCUUGAAAAGUCCGUGGCGACCCAAGUGAAGAUGGAAAACGACCAAGUGGCCAACACCGCCAAGCUGGAGAAGCUCCGGCUCGAGUACAAGCAGAUCGAAGACAGCGCGGCGGUCGUGUGCGACAAGCACGAGGCGGCCAAAGCGUUGCUGGAGGAACACUCGAGCGUUCUGGACGAUAAGCGCAAGGCGUUCGACACGCUCAAGAAGACGGUGGAUGGGUUGGCGUCGGCAGAGGUAGAUCUACUGAGUCAGCUGGACGAGUGCGAGAAGCUUGUGGCGGAAAACGACCAAAAGGUCAAGUACUGGACGGCCAAACUGACCGAGCUCUUGACCAAGUACGAGCGCGACGAAGAGGACUUUGAGCUGCUGCUGGACGCCGCGCAGUCUGAUGAUGACAAAGAACGCGCCAGAGGGUUGCCGACGAUCGACGCGUCCGAGCUGGCGUCGUGCAACAAGGAGCAACUCAAGUACGAGAUUUCCAUCUUGGAGCAGCAGCGCGACGAACUCAAGGCGCACGUGAACAUGGGAUCUAUCGCCGAGUACAAGAAGAAGGAGAAGGAGCACAUGCUGCGGAUGCAAGACCUGGAACAAGCCACCGAGGCCCGCGAUGGCCAGCGCCGCGCGUACGAAGAGCUGCGGCGGCUGCGGCUGGACGAGUUCAUGGCGGGUUUUCGAGUGAUCACGUUGAAGCUCAAGGAAAUGUAUCAGAUGAUCACGCUGGGCGGGGACGCCGAGCUGGAGCUCGUGGACUCGUUGGAUCCGUUCUCGGAGGGCAUCGUGUUCUCGGUGCGUCCGUCCAAGAAGAGCUGGAAGAACAUCUCCAACCUCAGCGGCGGCGAAAAGACACUGGCGUCACUCGCGCUCGUGUUUGCAUUGCACCACUACAAACCCACGCCGUUGUACGUGAUGGACGAGAUCGACGCCGCGUUAGACUUUAAGAACGUGUCGAUUGUGGCCAACUACAUCAAGCAACGCACCAAGAACGCGCAGUUCAUUAUCAUUAGUCUGCGCAACAACAUGUUUGAGCUUGCCGACCGCCUCGUGGGCAUUUACAAAACCAACAACACCACCAAGAGCGUUACGAUCAACCCCAAGCAUUAUGCGCAACCAGCAGCAGCAGCACCCCAUACCCCCCGCACGCCGCACAAGACGCCAUCGUCGUCUCAUGUGUAAGUGGCAUAAAUAAUAUACAGUCAUAUAGUCAUAUAUAUAUAUAUCAACA